ACAGUCUACAGCCCAGUGUGUACGGAACGUGUUAACCAGUGAUCAAUAGUAAUCCCUCGACCAAACGGGAUCAGUUCUGACUCAGCUGACUCACGACUAGGGAAAGCGGAUUUCCAUUCCCGUCCAUCGAAGGAUUAACGCAGCAGCAUGAAGUGGAUGCGCACAGCGACAUCGCUGGCCCUGGUUGUACUCCUGGCCAGCAGCUACGUCCAGGCGGAGGCCGAGAAAGCCGCCGUGGAGGAGAAGAAGGCUGAGCCCGAGGCCAAGCCCGCGGAGGCUGCGGCCAGUGAGGACACCACCAAGUCGAAGAGAGGACUGCACCACUACGAGGACUACCACCACCACCAUGUGCCCCACUUCCCGGUGCACGAGGAGAAGACACUGACCGUUAUCAAGAAGGUCCCCGUGCCCGUGCCCAUCGAGAAGAUCGUGCACGUGCCGGUGGAGAAGCACAUCCAUGUGCCCGUUAAGGUCAAAGUGCCCAAGCCGUAUCCGGUCGUCAAGCAUAUCCCCUAUGAGGUUAAGGAGAUAGUGAAGGUUCCGUACGAGGUGCCAGCUCCAUACCCCGUCGAAAAGAAGGUUCACUACCCCGUCCAUGUGCACUACGAUCGCCCCGUGCCCGUGAAGGUUCAUGUGCCCGCUCCUUAUCCAGUUGAAAAGAAGGUCCAUGUGCCCGUGAAGGUCCAUGUUCCCGCCCCCUACCCCGUGGAGAAGGUGGUCCACUACAAUGUGGAGAAGCACGUGCAUGUAGACAAGCCCUACCCCGUGGAGAAGGUUGUCCACUACCCCGUCAAGGUGCCCGUCGAGAAGCCAGUGCCCCACUACAUUGACAAGCCAGUUCCGCACUACGUGGACAAGCCAGUGGCCGUGCCCGUGAUCAAGAAGGUGCCGGUGCCCGUCCAUGUCCCGUAUGAUCGCCCCGUGCCCGUGCAUGUCGAGAAGCCAGUGCCGUAUGAGGUCAAGGUCCAUGUGCCCGCCCCCUAUCCAGUCAUCAAGGAGGUGCCUGUGAAGGUGGAGAAACACGUUCCGUACCCAGUCAAGAUCCCCGUCGAGAAGCCCGUCCACGUUCACAUCGAGAAGCACGUCCCCGAGUACCACGAGAAGCACGUCAGCUACAAGGAGCCGGAGUUUGUCCACAAGCACAUCGAGGAGGACCACCAUCACGCCCCCAUCCAUCAUCAUCACUCGCACCCCAUCGUGGAGCAUGAGCACGAGGUGGAGCAUGAUUUUGCCUCUCAUGAUUAUCAUUCAUAUCACGGCUACUAAACGGUGAAUGAAUUCUCUUUCUCUCUUUUCCGCCUCUUUCGCUUUUCUUUGCAGCAUUGAGAAUGAACGGGAUGGCUAGCUAAACUCCUCCAUUUCCUCUAUAUUUCCCAAAAAGCAACCAAACACUGAGUUACCAUAACCAUAGCCACACUCAUAACCACAACCAUAACCAUAGACCAUUGACCAUAGACCAUUCCCCUCACUCCGAGCACUCCAUUUCAUACCGUCCCCGGAAAACAUUGCUAUGCAGAACGUGAUAAACGACAGAGAUUCAGAGAACCAGACGAGAAACAGACCAACUUAGCUUUUAGACCGAACUCUCUUCUAGCCGUAAGCCAUAAGACACAAAAGGAAACCCUGAAACGUUGACAAGACCCGUGAGCAAUGUGAACGAGUGAAUUGUAAAGGAACUUUAGAUUUAGACCUUCAAAGCGACACAUUUGGGCCGCACAGGCCACACAACGAGAACGAUAACGAGAACUGUAACUAGAACAAGAUCAAGAUCUAGAAAGAACACCAGCCCACUCCCUCCCCUCCAAGACACUCGAUCGGACACACACACACAGUUGCAAGAUCCCAGGAUCCCAGGCUUGUUGUGCUGCGAAGACGAUGUGGAUUGUUGGCCGAUGGAUUCGACACCGCCUGGGUGCAUCAUCGACGUGGUUGCCGCUGCUGUUUUGUCCUCCAGCCGCGGCUCCUCCCUCUUCUGCUCUGGCCCGCCCGACUCGUGCACCCGGUCCGGUUCCCAAGUGAGAUCGGUCGGUCCCAGGACCGAUCGGCCCAGUUGUGUGCAGCGUCCCAGCGUUGUGAGCGUGUGAUAAGACUUCUGAUAGCGUUUAAGCUCGUGCGAUAUUCGAUAUUCGAGAUAGGAGACCCCUAUUUAAGUCAGUUUGUAAACGAACGUAUUGUAUUAGUUUUUGUAAUGUUCUCCGCUACCUAGUUUGUAAUAUGUCUAUGUAAUUUUGCUUGUUCUUAGAAGCA